GAAGUCCGGAGCCGAACUGCCCAACAGCGCAUUAAGAUCGCAAGCGCGUAGCUUAACCAGUUGGUCUAACCUCCCGCGUCCUCCGUGGCCCGCCCAGAUGAAAUAUGAUUGGUGAAUCCAAGCCAUUUUGCAGUCAAAAGUCAAGGGAAAGCAUCGCUCCCAACUCCAGACCAACUCGCAUCGUUCAUUUCCACGCGCGUCACACAAUUCCCGUGUAACAUCGUAGCGCGUGGCCAAUCUUCGUUCAAGCACCAACUUCUACUGGAACUCGAACCCACUCAGCGAGUUCCCCUCAUCUAUACGCAAACGAGAAUCAAAAAGCGCUCUGAGAUCUGAAAGACUGAAUCCUAUCUCCGUGCUUCAAACCCCUUCAUCGUCAUCGAUGGCGCAGAACUUAAUCGCACGCGCCCGAGUAGCCGUUUUGUUCUCGGUGCUUCUAUGCUUAGCGAGUCACCUCGUACCUAUAGCAGAAGCGAUAUGGCUAACCGUUCCGAGCUCGGGUACGAAGUGCAUGUCGGAGGAUAUACAGACCAACGUCGUCGUUCUGGCCGAUUACCAUGUGGUCGACGAGGCUGCUCAGCCCCAUCACACUCCCACUAUCUCUGUUAAGGUAACAUCUCCUUAUGGCAACAAUCUUCACCACCAAGAAAAUGUGACCCAUGGGCAGUUUGCGUUUACAACCACCGAGUCUGGGAACUACUUGGCUUGUUUCUGGCUAGAUGGCCAACAUGAAGGAGGUGCAGAGACAACCCUCAGCCUUGACUGGAAAACUGGAAUUGCUGCUCGGGAUUGGGAUUCAGUUGCAAGGAAAGAGAAAAUAGAUGGUGUUGAACUUGAGUUGCGAAAACUUGAGGGAGCUGUAGAAGCCAUCCGUGAGAAUCUCAUUUAUCUCAAGAACAGGGAAGCAGAUAUGAGGGAAGUCAGUGAAUCAACCAAUGGUAAAGUGGCAUGGCUAAGUAUCAUGUCCCUUGGAGUCUGCAUUCUAGUUUCAGUUUUGCAGUUGUGGCACCUGAAGCGCUACUUUCAAAAGAAGAAGCUUAUAUAGACCCUACUCUUCUUUUGAUUUUCUAAUGCAAAUCUGCAGUUAACUUAAGAGUGGAAAAAUGAGGAGUCUUUUAUCCCUGUUGUACCAUACUUGUUCUUUAGUCUUGACUUUUCUCUUUCACC